UCGAAAAGCAACUAAUUUUAAACUGUUGUUUAGCUUUAUUCUCGAUUCAUUGUAAAUCGUGGUCGCGCAACCUCGGUCAUUUCAAAGAUUGUUUUAGUUAUGCGAGUCACUUCCUUGGUUUGAAUGAAAAAUGAUUUAAACAACAUCUCAGCACUCUUCAUGCAUUUUAACCAACACCAUGGUACUGAACCAACGAAAGACGAACCCCUGGCUUUGCCUCUAUUUUCAUUCACAUCCAGAGUUGGUCUACCAUUUUUCGUUCAUAGUCAUUCGUUCUAUAAUAAUAUCCCAGAAACCCUGCCACAGAAAGGCAGGUGCCACCGAAAAGAACUUCACAUUUACAACGCGUGGUUGUUCUUUGGUGAUCUAAACCCUCGUUCAAAUCGACGGUUAAGCUCUGCCAGAUUUGCCAUGAGCGCUCCAGCCACACAAUCCAAGUUUCACCUACGCCCCAUCCAAUGCCCAUGAAACCUGGGCAGAAACCGUUGAACGGACGGUUCCCGAGCUCGGGAGUCCACUCGCAAACGGGGAUCGCUCGCCCAAUGUCGGUUGGAGGCAGCCCUACCAGGUGGACGAGCGCCAGUCUGGAAUCAAAUACUGGAGUUGUUUCUUAUGCUUUAGCUGAUGCAGACACUGAUGCUGUUGGAAGAAGACUGGUAAGGUAUAACUGAGUGUCCCACCAACGUGCCGAUGGGCUCCUAUCCAGCAGCUUGAAAUUCAGUGAGAAACUAGCCUUGCUGUAGUUGUGGAGGUCCUCCGAUCCGUUUAAGACCCUGAGGACGUUUUGGUCGGGUGAAGUGAGGUUGAGGCCGUUGAGGCUCAUUUUUGUGCUCACGAAGAGUGUCUAAAGUGGAAUUUGUUUGAAUUUGUGCGUGCGGUGUUCUUCAGGGCGCUAUUGUGAGACCCAUAUCAUGGGUUGUGCCGUGAGUACCUUGGAAAAAGAGGCCGCUGAGCGGUCCAAAAAAAUCGACCAAGAACUCCGCCGAGAUGGCGAAAAAGCCUCCAGGGAGGUCAAAUUACUUUUGCUAGGCGCAGGCGAGAGCGGAAAAUCCACAAUUGUCAAACAGAUGAAAAUCAUCCACGAGACCGGCUAUAGUCAAGAUGAAUGCCAACAUUACCGACCAGUCGUGUAUUCAAACACAAUCCAAAGCUUACUGGCCAUAAUCAGUGCCAUGAGUAAACUCAGAAUCGACUUUGCCGACAGAAAGAGAUUGGAUGAUGCUCGAUUGUUUUUCGAGAUGGCCGGACAAAGAAACGAAGUUGAACUCACAUACGAAAUCGGCCAGCUCAUGAAACGCCUCUGGAACGACCACGGGGUACAGCAUUGCUUCUCACGCUCAAGAGAAUAUCAACUGAACGACAGUGCUGCCUAUUACCUGAACGCCUUGGACCGAAUUGCCUCGCCCCAUUACACGCCUACACAACAAGAUGUCCUGAGGACCAGGGUCAAGACCACCGGCAUCAUUGAAACGCAGUUCUCUUUCAAAGGCUUAUUUUUCAAAAUGUUUGAUGUGGGUGGUCAACGGUCAGAGCGGAAGAAGUGGAUUCAUUGCUUCGAGGGCGUGACUGCCAUCAUUUUCUGUGUCGCCCUCAGUGGUUAUGAUCUCGUCUUGGCCGAAGACGAGGAAAUGAACCGCAUGAUGGAGUCCAUGAAGCUCUUUGACUCGAUCUGCAACAACAAGUGGUUUGUGGACACUUCUAUCAUUCUGUUCUUGAACAAGAAGGACUUGUUCGCCGAGAAGAUCCGACACAGUCCCUUGGACGUCUGCUUCCCCGAGUACAAAGGGCCUCAAACGUACGAGGAUUCUGCGGCUUAUAUUCAAAUGAAGUUCGAAAACCUGAACAAGCGCAAAGACCAGAAGGAGGUCUACACUCAUUUCACGUGUGCCACCGACACGAACAACAUCGGAUUCGUUUUCGAUGCCGUCACGGAUGUCAUCAUCAAGAACAAUCUGAAAGACUGUGGACUCUUCUAAUUAAAUAUAGGUGCAUCUGACACGCACACAAGCAAACCAAUAUUCAACACAUUAGUUGACCGACCAGCGGCAAGCACCACAACAACUCAAUGAUCUAUCUUGACCUGAAGCGAGGCUACUAGAAUCUAGAAUUUCCAAUGAAAUGGUGACAGCCAGGGCAAUGCACUUGCAUCCCACCAGAGCUACCAAUCCGUUUAUCAUGUACCUUGCUGCUUCACGGAUUGAAGAAUACCAUAAUGAAAGAAUGGAUGCCUCCCAUGACCAAAAAUAACUUCUGUGCGUGGUCGCCCAUCACAAUCCCUUGCUUGUUUACGCGAAGUGUGACCACUCCUCCUGGCAUCCUGGACCAGGAUCCGCCCCCUCCCGUCCCUCUCUUUCUCUUUGCUAUAAAUCCAUAUAUUUUUCUUGUAAAUAUAUUUUCUUACCAAA